AUGGCUGACGCGGGCCAAGCUCAGCAGACUCCCGAGCCCGACGAGGUCAUCGAGGCACAAGAGUUCGAAUCAGAUGCGUCUUCGACCAGUGGCACGUCCGUCCACACUGAUACAGACACCCUGAGAACGAGUAUCCGUGAUUACCGCAGGGAAAACGGGCGCACGUAUCACAGUCUCAGUGAUGGGACAUACAUCCUCCCAAACGAUGCCUAUACAUCUGACUUUGCGUUUUCGUUUUGGAAUAUAGAGAGAACAAGACCGUUUAGGCGAUCCACCGGGAGACUUCGGGCAUUGGCUGACAUGUCCGUCCUCGAAACAAUAGACUUCCAGCAUCACUUUUGGACGCUGACGUGGGAUGGCAAACUCUGCAUGUGUCCCAAGAACCAGGGCGCCAACCGUGUUUUGGAUAUUGGAACCGGAACUGGUAUUUGGGCUGAAGAAUAUGCGGAUAAACACUCAGCAGCAGUGGUCAUUGGCGUGGAUUUGAGUCCUAUUCAGCCUGAAUUCGUCCCGCCGAACUGCAAGUUCGAAGUCGACGAUGUGGAGAAAGAGUGGACGUGGCAGGAGCCUUUCGACUUCAUCUUUGCAAGACACAUGAACGCAUGCUUCGAGAGCUGGGAACGGUUCCUUCGUCGUGCUUACGACGCCCUAGAACCAGGCGGCUUCAUCGAGCUCCAAGACAACGCCUUCCCCAUCCUCUGCCAAGACGGCACCCUCAAGCCCGACGACCCGAUGGCGCGCUGGUCGACCCUCAUGAUGGAGGGCACCGAGCUCAUCGGCCGCCCCAUCACCGUGCCCGCCCGCUUCCGCUCCAUGCUCAGCGAGGCCGGCUUCGUGGAUGUCGUCGAGCACAAGCGCGUGUGGCCCACGAGCCCGUGGCCGCUGAACCCGGAGCUGAAGGAGCUCGGCGUCUGGGGCCAGGCGUGCAGUCUCGAGGGCAUCGAGCCGGGCGCCAUGGCGCUGUUUACGCGCGUGUUGGGUUGGACGAGGGAGGAGGUUGUGGUUUUUAUGGCGGGGGUGAGGGAUGAUUUUAAGAAUACUAAUAUUCAUGGGUUCUGGAACGUGUACUCCGUGUACGGAAUGAAGCCCUAUGAGGAGCCCGGCCAGGAGUAA